AUGGCCAGUCAACAUAAUAAAUGUAUUGGUAAUUGUUUCAACAAAUAUGGUAGAAUUAUAGCCAAUAAUCCAUGGUGGUUUAUAAUAAUACCAGUUAUUAUAUGUGGAUUGUUUGGGAUUGGACUAAUAAAACUUACCAGUGAAUCAGAUAUAGAGACACUCUAUGUACCUAUAAAUAGUCAAUCUGAAGAAGAUAGAAGGACUGUUGAAAAAUUGUUUCCUGAUAAAUCUGAUUCAAAUUACUUUGUUCAGAGUUUAGCUAGACUUAAUAUGUAUGGUGAUAUUAUUUUUAAAUCCAAAAAUGGUGGAAAUGCUUUAAGACUUGAUGUAAUAGAUGAAAUUAGAAGUGUUGUGUCCAAGGUGAAAGAAUUUACUAUUAAUUAUAAUGGUACAGAUAUAAAUUAUUCCCAUGUUUGUGCUGUACUUGGUGGACAAUGUUUUAUAACUGGAGAAUACAUUCUUCAUCCCAAUUUUCUAACUUUAUUUGAAACUGAGGACAUUACCUAUCCAAUAUGGAGAACUAUUAACGGUACUCAAGAGGAUGUAUCAAAGUCAAUGAAUGGUAUCAGUAAAAAUGGAACAUUGCAGUCAGUAAUUACCAUCAAAAUUAUCUUCAACCUACGCCAAACUGAUGUCGCCAUGAGUAAAAUAUGGGAAGAAAAGUUUGUAACUGAAAUGUCAAAUCUCACAACUAAUUUAACUGAUUUUGUUUUUUCAACAUCAACAUCUUUGGACAAAGAACUCUCUGCUAACACUGGACAAGAUAUUACUUCCUUUUCUUUAUCAUUUACUGCAUUGAUAGUUUAUGCUUCUUUUGUUGCUUCAAGUGGUAACUGUGUAGCUAAUAGAAGUCAUUUGGCCCGUGCAGGAGUUAUGGGGGUAGCAUUUGCUAUCCUAGCUGCCUUUGGUCUCUGUGCACCAAUCGUAAAUUUUGUUGACAUAGUUGGUGUGAUGCCAUUUUUAGCAUUAGGAGUUGGUAUUGAUUGUAUGUUUGUUAUCAUGUCAGAAUGGGCAGAACAUUAUGAUGAAACUUCUGUAGAAGAUCAAAUGGGUGCAACAUUGGAGAAAUGUGGUGGAUCUAUUAGUAUAGCAUCGUUAACUGAUAUCAUAGCUUUUCUUAUUGGUGUUUCAUCGAGUUUUAUCAGUAUAAGAAACUUUUGUGUUUAUACAGCCAUGGCGUUGUUCUUCAGCUUUGUCCUUCACUUAACAUUUUUUCUGGGUUGUUUGGCAAUUCACGGUAAAAGAGUAAGAGACCGUCGACAUUGUGUCACUUGUCAGAAGAUUAAUGAAGAUCAUAAAUGUAAGAAUGAAUGGAAAGUACCAACAAAACGAGAAGAUGAUGAAAGUUUAUGUGAGAAAUUACCUCAACUUCUUUUGAGAAUUUCAAUUUCCACGCCCAUUAUAAUAGUUGUUAAGAUUGUCAUUAUAAUUUUAUUUUUAGGUUAUUUAGGUGCAUCUGGUUGGGGUAUUUAUAAUUUACGACAAGGUUUGCUUUUAAGUAAUUUAGUACAUGAAAAGUCAUAUUUUUACAGUUAUCAAAUAUGGAGUCGUGAGAAUUAUCAGAUGGUCUUAUCAAUAUCUGUUGUGUUUAAAGAUGUUGAUUAUUUAGACCCAAAUCAAGUCUCUGGUAUGGAAAAGAUCUUAAAGAUUGUUGAAGAUGAUUCUAUGAUUGCUGAUGGUUCGUUGAUAUGCUGGUUUAAUGCCUUUAAAAGUAGUGUACCAGGCUUUAAUAAUGAUACAGAUAGAAAUACAUUUAUAGCACAGUCACAAAGUUUCUUGUCGCAAGCAAUUGUUUUUUCCAAUGAUGUUACUUUCAUGUCUGAUGGGUCUGAUAUUCUGGCAUCAAGAUGUCACUUUAUAACAGAGGCCAUCCCUGAUUCCAAAGACCAGGGCAAUCUAAUGUUACGUCUAAGGGAGAUAACUUCCAAAUCUUAUUUGAAUAUUUUCCCGUUCAGUGCUCCAUUUAUAUAUUUUGAACAAUAUGUAAUGGUGUUACCAAGUACCCUACAGACAAUGGGUAUUGCAGUAGCUUGUAUGUUUGUUAUUACUAUUUUAUUUAUGCCCCACCCUAUCAUGGUAACACUGGUCACCCUUAAUAUGUUCAGUAUCUUGGCAGGAAUUUUAGGUUUCCUUUACUACUGGGAUUUAUCAUUAAGUUCUAUCACUAUGAUACAUUUAAUCAUGAGUGUGGGAUUUUCUGUAGAUUUCAGUGCCCAUGUUUGUCAUGGUUUCAUUUCCUCGGAUUCAGUAUCCAGACAUGAGAGAACUAAAGAUGCAUUAAGAGUGUCGGCUGCACCAAUUUUAAAUGGAGGAAUAUCAUCUCUGCUUGGCAUAUGCACUCUUAUUUGGUCUCAGUCUUACGUCUUCAGAUCCUUUUUCAAAAUUAUGGUCUUGGUCAUAACUUUUGGCUUAGCUCAUUCUCUGUUGCUAUUACCAGUUGUUUUGUCUAUAUGUGGUCCAAAGAAAACACAAGGAAAAUCAGAGGAUGAAGACGUAGAAGAAGAAAAGAGUCACAUGGUCUAA